UUAUGCUGUCUCCAGCUGGCUACCUCCUCUGCUAGCUGGCGACCUUCACAAAAUCAGGGGAUUGCGAGGCUGCAGGCGUCGAUCCAGCUGGCACUUCUUUCGGGGGAUGGCUGUGUCCAGAAUCAGGCAAUUCACCCGUCUGCCAAUCGCCCCAGCUCACCUCAGCUUCUUCCAUAUCAAGCCAGGGCAAGCUCAUUGUUUUCUGCACACAGGGAACUUUUCUCGAGUAGGCCAGCAGUCGAUUGUGAGGAAGAUUCCUGUUCAGGCUCCUAUAAGAGGGGCUUUUCGAGCGCCUCGAUUGGACUGCCUGCAUCCUGUAACUUUCCACAAUUCUGCAACGUCUGCUUCCAAGCGUCUCUUUCCAAAUCGUGAGGCCAGCAAACGAAUUCCAGUCUCUGCCAGGUCGACUCUUGCUUGGGAGACAGGAUCCAAGCUGCAAUCGCCUGUCUCAAGACCUGCUUUUAGCUGCAUUUGGUUACGUGGAAUCAAGAACGGGACUCCUCCAAGAUCAACCAUGGCGCAAACUUCAUCUGCAGUGGGACAGGGAUCGACUGGGCAAGCUAGUGCGCCUGGCCGAUACGCAAUCUUUAUAACAGGUCAUGCGAGUCCGUACACCGAGGAAAAGUACGGAGGCUACGGCCAGCUUUUGGAGACGCUCUUGAGGGAGCCUGGGGAGGAGUGGGAGAGGUUUGUGGUACUGGAGGGGAAAUUCCCCACAGCAGAGCAACUGGCCAAGUUUGACGGUUUCGUGCUCACAGGAAGUCGCCAUGAUGCACAUGCGGGCGAGCCGUGGAUCCUGCAGCUGAUCGACGUCCUCAAGGAGGCGUUUGCAAAGAAGCAGCGGAUUUUGGGCGUCUGCUUUGGGCAUCAGGUCCUCUGCCGUGCUCUAGGGGGAACGACGGGCCGGUCGACUGCGGGUUGGGAGAUGGGCCUGCGAGAAGUCAAGGUGGACGAGAAGCUCCGGGCCAAACCGUACGGUGCAGGCCUCCCCGCCACAGUCCGCGUGUACGAGUCGCAUCAGGACCAGGCGUCCGCCAUCCCCCCCGGCGGGGAGCUCCUCGGCGCAUCGGAGCGGACCCCGAUUGAGAUUUUCGCAGUGGGUGACGUGGCGCUGGGCUUCCAAGGCCACCCUGAGUUCAAUCUGGACGUGCUCACGGACCUCAUCGAGGACCGGCGGGCGAAGGGAGUGCUCACGGACGAGGAAGCAGACGCUGCCCUGGAGUCCGCAUACGAGACGACCGCCGAUACGAAGGCGAUCCAAGAGUUUUGCAUCGCGUUUUUGAAGGGCAAGCACGUCAGCGAGGUCCAAGCAGAGAAGCCGCUAGACGAAGAGCUUGAGAAGAACUAAGUUGAAAUAGUUGUGGUUCUGAGAACCCUACAAGCAAGGCCUGGCCUCAUGUCAAUGUGGUAAAUACGACUUCCUAGGACGCUUGCAAAAGCUCCUUUAGAGAGUGUGACAUUUAAGCUUGCGAAGGUUUCAUUUCUUAGUUGAUGCAAGGUACUUUUGAGUCAUUGGCAUUCAGGUACGUGGUUUAAGCUCUCUUUUGAUUCAAGAUGUGUAUCCAGGUCUUGUAGGAACAUCAGGUGCAGCUUAAUCUCGUCGGAAACAAGCCCUCGUAUUUCCACCAGAGUUUGGGCAUGGCAGGAUUAUAUAAAAUUAUAUCUAUCAAGUUUAUUAGUCUCACCAGCUGCACGGUUUCAAAGAUGGCAGUUACGGUGACCGUGCAAACUCAAAUUUCAAAGUUUGUCUGCUGACCCGGGAG